AUCAGAAUCGCGGGGCAAUUUUUUCUUAUCGAUCCAGCACAAACACCACAACUCGACGAGAAAGCGAAUAUCUGUGAACACUGCAAAUAUGUCGGCCAUGGAUCUUGAUGCUCCGGUGUCCAUCGCGCCUCAGAUUAGGGGCGCGCAGACGAAUGCCACGUAAGUAGAGCCUUGAUCUGCUGCUGCAAGUCAAUGCAUCUGACUCUUUUUCUAGCAUUCUCUGCUGCAACUGCGGCGCUCCCAUCGAUGGAACGACAUCUGCAGGCGCUCUCUGCUACGACUGUGUCAAACUCACGAUAGAUGUAUCAGGAGGAAUUCAGCGCGAGGCGACCCUUCAUUUCUGCAGAGAUUGCGAACGAUGGCUAUUACCCCCCACCAGUUGGAUUGUCGCAGCCCCCGAAUCCCGAGAACUGCUUGCGCUUUGUUUGAAAAAGUUGCGCGGUUUACACAAAGUCCGGAUUAUCGAUGCGAGUUUUAUUUGGACGGAGCCGCAUUCUCGAAGAGUCAAAGUCAAGCUCACCAUUCAAGAUUCCGUCUCUGAGGGGGUUGUGCUGCAACAGGCAUUUGAGGUGGAAUACGUUGUGGCUUAUCAGCAAUGUCCUGACUGCGCGAAAUCCUACACUGCGAACACCUGGCGAGCAUGCGUACAGGUCCGACAAAAGGUUCCUCACAAGAGAACUUUCUUAUACCUCGAACAACUUAUUCUCAAGCACGGUGCGCACAAGGACACAAUCAACAUCAAAGAAGUCAAGGAUGGUUUAGAUUUCUUCUAUGCACACCGGAAUCAGGCGGAGAAAUUCGUCGACUUCUUACACUCGGUUGCGCCAGUCCAAAGCAAAAAAUCCCAAGAACUUAUCUCCAUGGAUAUCCACACCUCAACCAAGUCAUAUAAAUUCUCAUACUCUGUCAGUCUGGUUCCAAUUUGCAAAGACGAUUUGGUGGCACUGCCUAUAAAGCUAGCAAGAAAUCUCGGAAACAUCUCUCCUCUGGGAUUGUGCUAUAAGAUUGGUGCCACAAUUAACAUUCUCGACCCACAAACACUCCAAACAGCAGAUGUCAGUACACCCAUUUACUGGCGUGCGCCUUUCACUUCUCUUGCCGACGUACAAGAGUUGGUGGAGUUUGUCGUUAUGGAUAUCGAGCCUAUCGGUGGACAAAAGGGAAAAUGGUUGCUGGCAGAGGCAACAGUUGCUCGCGCAUCAGAUCUCGGAUCAAACGACAAGACAUAUUACACCCGAACACAUCUUGGAAAUGUUUUACAUCCCGGAGAUUCAGUCAUGGGAUACAUGUUAACCGGAACCAACUUCAACAGUCCCCAGUAUGAUGCAUUAGAGGAAUCAAACACGUACUCAUCUCAGAUUCCCGACGUCCUGCUUGUCAAGAAAUUCUACGCCAGAAAGAGGAAGUCCAAAAACCGUGCUUGGAGACUCAAGCGUAUGGCAAGAGAUGACGGGGACUUGCUACCAAAGAAGGCAGAUCAAGUUAAGAUGGAUAACGAUUACGAGAUGUUCUUACGAGAUGUGGAAGAAGAUGCCGAGUUGCGUGCUACUAUGGCACUUUAUAAGGCUCAGCAACAAGCUAAGAAGGAUGCUGAAGCUAUGAGUGUCGUGGAGACUGAUGAUGGAGAAGAAGAUGAGACGCCGCAGAUUGAUAUGAAUGAGUUGCUGGACGAGUUUGAUGAACUACAAAUCGCUCAUGAGGAACCAUGAGGUGGUUGGUGGUGAUGGUUGGUGAUGGGCAUUUUCUGCAUGGCUUUGGGAAAGAGAGGUAUAUUGGCGUUUUUGGGCGAGGCAAGAAUUUCUUGCAGAUAGUCAGCUCGGGCAUAGCUGUGGGUAUGG